CUUUAACAAGUCAUCCGAGUCUAUAUUAUUACUUUACUCACUACAGAGAAAACUCAUGUUUAACCAGAGAUUCAAUGCAGGUGCCCUGUCAGACAUUACCGAACUAUACGGCUACACUACUCGCAAUAACAACUUGACCACCAAUGCACAACUUGAAAACACACAUCUCCUUUCUGAACUCCCAAACCCAUUUACAACCCCAUCAUGGCGAAUUCCUGCCAAAAGUGAUUCUUUACCAUCAACAGUAUUGCAUUCUAAAAAAACCAUUGAGAAGCUUUUAAAACUAAACUUGAACAUGCAGGAUAUACUGGACAAGCAAUUGAAUAUUCUAAUGGACCAGGAAAAUCAAAUUCGGGUGCAGAUUAAACAGGUUCGAUCGCAGUUUUCCUCAAAACUCCUUAAACGAAGACGACAAACUUAUCGACUUCGAAUCAGUGAGCCAUAUAUUAUGAAUAAUGAAAAAGAGGCUCCACCACCUGAUCAUGAGCUUUGGAAUGCUGAUCCCUUGAUACGCAAAUGCGAUGUCGCUUACGAUCUUCCAGUCUGGACAAGAAGAGAAUGCGAGCAAUUGGAAAAGGCAAUAUAUCAUCACAAUGAGAUGAAAAUGUACGAUAUCAAUAUUCGAAGUGUCAGUGCAACAAAGGAGCAGCUACUUGCUAAUGUUACAGACAUUAACUGGGACCAGAUUGCCAGACAUGUGGGGACAAAAACAAGACAGGAAUGCAAGAAAAUGUGGACGGUUGCGCAACAUCCAUUUAUCAACAACAACCCAUUUACAAAAUUAGAAUUGGAAUGUCUGGAAAAAGUAAUAGCAAAGCAUGCUGCUCAAGAUUGGGUCGCGAUUGCCUGUGAGCAUAGGGCUAAUUACAAUUUUAUAUGCAGGAGCUGGUCCGACACCGAGGACGCAUCUUUGCUUCAGGCAAUAGAUAAAUGCAUUGCAAACGACUGGCAGGCUGUUUCAAAGUAUUUAAAUGGUAGAUCUGCAAAGCAAUGCCUUCAACGUUUCAAAUUUGUUGUUGCUCCAGGUAAAAAAAAGGGAAGAUGGAGUGCUGCGGAAGACCAGGCUUUACUGAAGGCUGUUCAAAGAUAUGGUCGUGGUAAAUGGAACUAUAUUGCCAUGGCGGUAGGACAUCGCACUGAUAUGCAGUGCCGCGAGCGCUAUGAAAAUUGUCUUAAUCCAGAUAUAUGCAGAGGUCCGUUGACACCCGAGGAAGAAAGGAUUUUGUCCGCCGCUGUUGCUGAACACGGAAGUGGGAAAUGGUCGACCAUCUCCAAGUGCUUUACAAACAGAACAGAUAAUAUUUGUAGGAGAGCUUGGAGUAUAAUAUUGAAACGCAAAAAAAAACAGCAUGCCUUGCUUCCACCACCACCUCAAAUCGCGUCGCCUAUAAUAGCUACUGACAAUGUAAACACGAUUGAUACAAUCGAUUCUGAGCAUCCUGGUGUAAAGCAAAUUGAAAAUUUGGAUAAAGAGGAUGAUGAUAUAUUGCCUCCUCGACCCAAGAAAGCGAAAAGGCUCAGAUCUAUUAGUAAAAAAUCGGUCGCAGCCACGUCCAAAUUGGCUCAUGUGCAUCCACAAAAACAAACUUUUUGUAGAUCAAUCCGAUCAAAGAAACCUAGUAAACCCAAAUAAAAACACUAUGCUGACC